AUGGAGAACAGCGGCGGAUUGAGGCGGAAAGACACGACGAAGGGCCCCCCGCUCCGAAUCCUGUCCCUAGAUGGGGGUGGCGUGCGCGGCUACUCGAUGCUCAUCAUCAUCCAAGAGCUGAUGCACCGAACGUACGUGGAGAUCGAAGGGCGCGCGCCGCGGCGGGACCAGAUCCCCAAGCCGUGCGACCACUUCGACCUGAUCUGCGGGACGGGGACGGGCGGGCUGAUCGCCAUCAUGCUGGGCCGGUUACGCCUCGAUCUGGAGACGUGCAAGGAGGUCUAUGUGCGCAUGACGAGGAAGGUCUUCGAGACGGACAAGACGAUUGCGGGGAUCCCGUACCGCUCGACGCUGUUCAAGGCCUCGAAACUGGAGGAGGCCAUCAAGGAGUGCGUGCGCGAGCAUACCAUCUUCGAGAAUGAGGGGAAUGAUGGAGAGGAGCCGGCGGGUCUGCAGAAUCUGUCGAGCCCGAUCAGCCCCAUGUCGAGAGUCCCCCAACGACAUACGAGCAAUGCGAGCGUGACCAGUUUCAGCAACAGAAGCCCGUCCACCUAUAUGAGCAGGCCGAUGAUGUCUAUGAGAUGGGGGAAUCCGAAUGCCCGGUUGUACGACAAUCGGGAGAACAGAACCAAGACCGCUGUCACUGCGGUCUACAAAGGUACCCCUGAGGGAAGCCCACCAGCAAUUCUACGAUCCUAUGAUUCACGAAAAGAACCCUCGCCCGAAUUCGACUGCACCAUAUGGCAAGCGGGACGGGCAACCUCAGCAACUGGCUUAGCAUUCAAACCCAUUCAGAUCGGGCAAUCGGUAUUCAUUGAUGAGGGUGCAGGGAAAUACAACCCCUCGCCGUACGUUCUGGACGAAGCGUGCGUCAACGAGUGGCCAGGCCGUGAAGUUGGAGUCUUCGUAAGCAUCGGGACGGGCAGGAGGCCAACAGGAAGCGACCAUAAUCAGCAUCUCUGGUACGAAGGAUUCAUGGGAGAGUUCGCCGAAGCAAGACGCCGCCUGAUCUCCAAGAUUGAAGGUUGUGAAGCCACGCAUCAGUACAUGAUCCGGGAAGGACUCAGCAAGCGUGGGGUCAAUAUCGAGAACUACUACCGCCUGAAUGUGGAGAUUGGAGUUGGAGAAUUUGGCAUGAACGAAUGGAACCGCCUCGCGGAUAUCAGUACCGGUACCAGGCGCUACCUGGGAAAGAAGGAAGUCAAGAUCAUGAACGACGAGGCUGCGACCAAGCUAGCCAAGAUCCACAGAGCCAAGUUAAGAUUCGACCGCGACGGUGGUAUCGCUCCACCCACCGGCUACAAAGACCACCUGGCCGACGUUCCCGAAGCCUACCCCACAGCCGUCGAACUCCCCGCCGACAUCCCCCUCCAAACCCCUAUCAGCCCCCCUCCCCGUCCCUCCUACGAAUCAGGACAUCACGACACGCUCGAAAUCCGCAGUAAACCCCUCCCCUCCCCCCCAACCCGCCCCACCUCCUUCAUCGAAACAACAACCAAACCACCACACCAACAUUCUCCCCGCCGCUCCUCAGGCAACAUCUCCUCGACCUCCAGCGAUAAGUUCAUCGUCCAAAACCCCUCGCCCAACCAGUACCUCGCUGCUGCUUCUUCCGGCGCCGAUAUGAUUGCUAUCGUAAGCGAAGACGAGUUUCCUAAAUCCCCCCAAUCCCAAUCCCAGGACCAACAACAACAACAACAACAGCAGUCUUGGAUCCCUCCUCCUCCUCCUCCUCCUCUUUUUCAAGGAAGAGUCGAACCUCCUCCCCUCCCCCCGAAAACCCCGAUCUUGGACCCGGACAUGGGAGCUGCGGGGAGGGGAAGACCCCCAUAUCCGCUAGAUGACGGACCGCCUCCGCCUAUCAAUCUAGCUAGGAAACCGGAUUAUCGCGGGAGGUAA